AUGGAGACUAACCUACCCAGCUGGACGAUAACCAAAUACGAAGUCGACCGGGAAAACAAGAUUGGCGUUGGGUUCUUUAGCGAUGUGUAUAAGGGGACUUGGAGGGGGCGUACGGUCGCCGUUAAAGUUCUUGCUGAAACCACGCCUCGGAAGCUGUUCGUUCGGGAGGUUGAGAUUUGGAAAAAUCUGAGACACCCGAAUGUGUUGCAGCUUUGUGGGGCGAGUAGUGCGAGUGGGAAGGCCCCGUGGUUUUUUGUUAGUCCGUAUAUGAAGAAUGGGAGUUUGGUGGAGUUUUUGAAGAGGAUUGGGGACGCAUCCCGGGAAUGGGAUCUCUUUCGGUUCAUGUAUGAGAUCGCAAAGGGGAUGGAGUACCUCCACACUCAGGACGUGUUGCAUGGCGACUUGAAGGCUGCGAAUGUCUUGGUCGAUGAUAAACUUCGUUGUGUCAUUUCGGAUUUCGGACAGAGCGAGAUGAAGUCGGAGGCUUUCAGGAUAAGUGGGACGCCUCUUCCUCGUGAAUGGCAGGCACCUGAGCUUUUGUUAGGCCAGAGUCGAUUGAUGGCUGAGAUGGACGUGUAUUCGUUCGCUAUCUGUUGCAUUGAGAUCCUGAGCAUGGGUCGAAUGCCUUGGCCGCUACAAGACGACGAAGCCGUUCGCCAUCUCGUCCUUGGUGCUCCGCACCACCACGACUCACGCUUCACCAAUCCAGCCGUACAAGAGCUCCUGCGCACUUGUUGGGACCGCGAUCCGAAACUCCGCCCGCCGUUCGCCAAGAUUGUGCGGGAUAUCAAGCAGCUUAGGAGGAAUGCUGGACAUGUUGAUUUGGAGUCGCCACAGACACAGGGGUUGCCCCCACUUGAGGAGGUUGAACCUCACCUGCCUUCGCCUGAUAUGCGGCCUGCUGAGCUGCCUCCCAGUCAGUCCCUUUGCUUUUUUUUUUCUUUUUGA